AUGGCAAACUUCGAUCAUGAUCUCAUCAAAGAUGUAGAUGAUUCUAAAGAUACCUGGUGUGUUGUUGCGAGAGUGCUGAGAAAAUGGAUUAUGGCUAAAAAGACACCGCCUUUUGAUAUUUUUAAAGUAGGGAUGAUUUUAGUUGAUGAACAGGGGUAUAGAGUUGAAGCUUUUAUGUCCCAGAAAGCACAAUUACAGAGAUACAUGGAUGAAAUAACAGAGGGUGAAGUAUAUCAGUUUGAGAACUUUGUAGCUGUGCCCAACAAUGAUGCUUUCAAACUUUGUCAUCACACUUGGAAGAUUCGUUUCCACUCCAUGACGUUUUUCCAAAAGCAUGACUUAGCAGUCCCUUUAAAUGCAUUUAACUUUGUUCCAAUAAAGGAUAUUGCUGACUAUAAUGCUACAAAUUAUGAAUUGAUUGAUGUCAUUGGGUUCCUUCAAGCAUUUGGAAACUUGGUUGACCACAAAAAAGACUCACAGACCAUAAAGACACUGAAUUUCACCAUCGCUGAUCAUAACCAAAUCCCCAUUAACGUGGCUCUUUUCGGAGAUGUGGCAAUCAAUGCAUUUGAAGCUAGGACUGAUGAUUUGGAAGUUCCUACUGUAGUUGUCAUCCGAUUUGCAAGGAUAUCAACAACUAAAGGUUACGGACAUAUAACUAAUGCUUUCCAUGCUACAAGAGUUUUGUUCAAUCCAGACCUCCCUGAAGUCAGAGAAUUAAUUGCCAGACUCGGUGAGACACCUGGAGCAAGUCAGAACUUCUCACAAGUUUCAUCUACCGUAAUGCUUGAUGCUACCAGUAACUCACUCCUGACUUUCCCAACCAGAAUUCCCCUUUCUGAAAUUUCCAAACUCACAAAGGAAAGUCAAAUUGUCACCAAGGUCACCAUCCAGAAAGUUGAGAGUGAGUAUGGUUGGACCUAUGAUGGAUGUCCAUGCGAUAAAAAACCAGUGCAUGUUGAUGAUAAAUUGAUGAAGUGUACUUCUUGUAAUCAAGAAGUGCUUAAGACUGAACCCAAGUUCAAAGUCCAUUACAAAGUAUUUGAUUCCACUGGACAAUGUUCGAUGCUUUUCUUCAACCGGCAUGCAUCUGCUCUAUUAGAAUGUUCAGCUUCUGAACUUAAGAAGAAGGUGGGGUCGUCUCGAUCUUUUCCAAAAGAGUUAGAUCGACCUGUUGGAAAGGAAAUUGUCGUAAUGGUCAAGGUUAAGGAAAACAACAUAAAAUAUCCUGCCAGUAGUAUGGGAGUGUCACAGUUCUCUGUGAAAAAGGAUAUUUUGGAUCAGUUCACAUACUCUAAUGUCAGCGCUGAUGCCAACGCUAAUGUCAAGAAUUCACCAAUCGAGUCAUCUUCCUCAUACUCAUCUCCCAAGAUGCUUGGCACUCACAACAUUGCGGAUGAUGAUGAUGAUCUUACAAUAUCUCAGAUAAUCACACCUGUGGAGACCUUGUCAAAGAAAAAGAGGAACGGGAAAAAUGAAUCAGAACAACUUGAUGAUAUAGGCCUCUCCGAAGGGUCCCCUCCAAGCUUCAGCAGCACCAAACCGGCAAAGAAGAUCAAGAAGGAGAAAUGA